CUCAAAUGUGAAUUUUAUUGGUCUUCUAUUACAGUAAGUUUUAGUUAUAGCAUAGUAUCAUUUCAUUUUGCACUGUUGAAUACUACUAAAUAAACUAAUUUGAGAGUAUUUUGGGCUGUUUUUGACAUAUUUUGACCAAACAAUUUAUUCAACAACUCAAAUUUUAGUUCUAAAGAUUGUAGGCAUGUCCCUAGAAUCUUUACAUGUCUUUUUGUUAUUGAGGGGACCAUCUUGAUAUUAGAUGAUCUUUGUUUCGCAGUAGCAGUCGGUGGGCGCAUGCGCAGCCGCAACCUCCGCCCCCCCCUCCGCGCUGAGCGCUGACAGCAGGCUGCCGGAGACAGUCGCUGCUGCCGCCGCUGCUGUUGUUGUUGUUGCCGCCGGCUCACACACCACGUUGUGAGCUGCUGUCCGGAUACAAACUGACACCAGGACCUGGGACUUAGUUUGUGUUAAAGGAAACAAAAAAAACAACACUCACAAAGUCUUUGCUGAGGCUUUGUACACGCUGAUAUUUCUCCUCUGUCGUCCUCCUCCCGGUGGUGAACGGACUGUCGGUGAAGUGCGACUCUGACUGAGAGGCCAACAGCCAAGACACAACUGACUACAUGAGGAGGCCAAGUGACGGGACACUGGUCCUCACCUAGACCCCUCCCUUCGACCCCCACCCUCAACCCUUGCCCCGACAUGAGGUCGUUCCGAUCGUUUGCAAACGAUGACCGCCAUGUUAUGGCCAAGCACGCCAGCAUCUAUCCAGCACCGGAGGAGCUGGAGGCCGUCCAGACACUCGUGUCCACAGUGGAGGGAGCCCUCAAGAAAGUCUCUGAUUGGAUGGACGGCCUCAACAAAUCCUCAGGGAAAACCUCCACCAACGACGAGGCUGGGGACAAAACAGUGGAGAAAGAUGCUGCUGACACAAAGGCGGACAGCACGCCAGUGCUGUGUGGGGUGACACGUGUCGGCCUGGUGGCCAAAGGCCUGCUGAUCAAAGGGGACAUGGACCUGGAACUGGUGCUGAUGUGCAGGGAGAAACCCACCAAACUGCUGCUGUACACCAUCAGCGCCAACCUCCCCCUGCAGAUCCAGACAAUGACGGAGGACAAAUACGAGGUGCAGUCUUGCGUGCCUGAGGCAGCCAUCCGGGUUUGCAGCAUCAAAGACCCCCAACUCACGCUGAAGAUCACUCUCUCCUCCUUAGCCAUGAGGGAGGAACACAGCACCACAGAAGAAGAGGAGGGCGAUCAGCACGACAACAAGGAGAGGCAGGAGGAUGAGGAAAAGGAGGAGGCGACGGAUGAGGAGGAUGUCCUGGACAGGCAGAAGUGCCAGGCUGCGCUGGCUGCACUCCGACACGCCAAAUGGUUCCAGGCCAGAGUCACUGAUCUCAAGUCCUGCGUUAUCGUCUUGAGGAUUUUCAGAGACAUGUGCAACAGACUGCCAGGUUGGCAGCCUCUUAAAGGAUGGCCUCUGGAGCUGAUCUGUGAAAAGGCCAUUGCCACCUGUAACCGGCCGAUGGGUCCAGGUGAGGCGCUGCGACGCGUCAUGGAGUGCAUCGCCUCAGGAAUUCUCCUGCCAGGAGGUCCUGGAGUACACGACCCCUGUGAGAGGGAACCAACAGACGUCCUUUCUGACCUCAGCGCACAGCAGGCUGACGCCAUCACAGAUAGUGCGCAGCAUGCGUUACGCCUCCUUGCCUUUGGACAGCUUUACAAGGUCUUGAAUAUGGAUCCUCUCCCCGCCAGCAAGCCCUCACCAAGGCUGCUAGAAGGCGGCUGUCAUAAGAGGCAUCGGGAGGACAUCGGGUCAGACGACAGAGACUUCAUCAAAAGGGCGAAAGUACUGGACUGGAGGAUGACGGAUCCAAACCACCCCAUGAAUGCUCUGAUGCGUCUAAAUCAGAUCCACCCGGGCCUUCAGUAUCGUCUACUGUCCCAGUCAGGCCCAGUGCAUGCACCGGUCUUCACCAUGUCUGUGGAGAUCCAGGGAACCACCUAUCAGGCCACCGGGAACUCUAAGAGAACCGCCAAGCUUCAAGUAGCCCUCAAGGCGCUGCAGGCUCUGGGCUUCGUGCUCUGCAGCGACGGCGAUGUAGACUCCCUGAGCGCUGACGAGAAAUCAGAUGGCGAAGGCAAGAACGACAGGAUGUCCACUAGCUCCAGCUCCACCUCCAUCACCUCCUCCACAGACACACAGGAGUCCAGAGCUCCAGGUCCGAUCCUGACAGCAGGAGGUAAAAAUCCAGUGAUGGAAUUAAAUGAGAAACGCCGUGGCCUCAAAUACGAGCUGAUAUCAGAGAGCGGCAGCAGCUACGACAAACGUUUCAUCAUAGAGGUGGAGGUGGACAAGCAAGUUUUUCGGGGGACGGGUCCCAACAAGAAAGUAGCUAAAGCCAGUGCAGCGCUAGCCGCGCUGAACAGCCUGUUUUCUGGCUCCAAAUCUACGGCCAACAAGAAGAAACGGCCCAACCCUCCUCCAAAGCGACCUGUAGCCUCGGUGCUGACCCUCCCGGCUCUCGCUGCUAGACCUCCACGAGUUCCCGUCAUCCCCAGAGCUCCAUACAUUAGCACCCCACCCACACAUGGGUACAUCCCCCCAGGUUUUGGUGCUCCUUAUGGUUACAGCCCUGCAGGCGCCCUCGCUCCAUACGGUGGCCUGUACAUCGACAGUGCCUAUUACCAGCCGCAGACCAUAGCCACACCUAUCAUCAUCCACCUGGGCCCUCAGGAUCUUUUCUGACCCCGCCAAUGUGCCGAGACCAGCCUCGGUAACAGCCUCGACCUCCUGUUUAAUCCCUCACCCUUAUUAAACUCUGUCAGCGCCUCUCAAUUACUGCAGCGCUGUUCCCUCGGUUUUCUCCCUGCACACGAGACACAGCAGCAAUAUUGAAAGCAAUAUGGAGGAGAAAACACCUCGGGCGACACUGUCAAGUCAAUGUCUGGUUUUCGUGAAGAAGAGGCUGCAGCCGAGACUUUGUUUGACCCAGCUCACUCAGAAAAUGUCAAUAAAACACAAAGCAAUACUUCUUCUGCCUUUGGGAAUCUCAACGUGUUCCAAAACUUGACUGGAGUCUGAAAUGGUUUUUCAGUCAAGUUGCUAAUUUCAAACAGACCAUCAGCACUGGCACAUUCAGAAUAAUGUGACCUACUGUAUGUAAAUAUGAUAUUUACUAUCUGUAUAUAUGGAUGUAUGUGAGUUUUGAAUAUAUAUUAACAUGUUAAUAUGUUUGAAUAUGUAAAACCCAACAGGUAAAGAAACAUAUUUAUGAUAUAUAUCUGAAUGUAAAUAGUGACUGAAGCAGCUUUGUAUUUAAAGCACUCAGAUAUGCUAUCUAUAAAAAGAGUUAAAUACAUUUUACAAACUGUCUAUUACACUGUAUCGAUAUGGUUGUGUUAUAUAAUCCCUAUUUAAACUUGACUACAUAUAGUAGACAAAGUAGUAUUUUUCCAUUUUAAAGAUAAAUACCACAUAUAAUUUGACAGUACCAUGUUUUAAUAAUUUAUUGACCAACUAAUAAGCUCUUAAAUUGAGGUUCUAGAUUGACUGUAAACACUCUGUGCCCACAAGGGAUCGCAGGACAAAUCUUAGGACUCACAAGAUAAUAAACAGAAGAGGAGAGCAGAAAUCAUAUACAUAAUUGUGUUUAUUUUUUUACAGACUAUUCAACUAAACGUUGAAUACAUAGACUUUUCUUCCUUUCAAAGGCUCUCAAGCCAAAAAGUGGUUUAGUUGUACAUGAUGCUCAAAGAAAAGGUACAGGGUUUAAAAUUAUAACCAUAUAUGAUAAUUACAAAACAGAAUUACUUCUCAUAUUUCUAGAUUAAAGCCUUCAUCAUGGUAUAUGUCAUUUUUUAUCGCAAUACAAGAUACACAAUGCACUGUAGUAAAUAUAGAGAAUACAUUGAGAAACUGUUUAUGAAUGUCUGGUUUUGGCUAAUCCAGUUAAUUACACGACGAGUCAAGAAACUUUGUCACAUGGAUGCAAAACUCCCCUUUUGUCAUGGAGCAGUGCUGCACUUAUGUUUGCAACACUGGCCACAUUAGUCUGAUGCACACACAGAGACUAAAGAGGUGGAUAUCUCUGUUUAAACGAUGGUAAACUCAGAUGAAAAAUGUAUAGCAUCCCAAUCCCUGCUUUAUGUGCAUAUCUACAUUCUAGCCACAGUCAGUCUUUAAUUCCCCAUCAAACUUGGCCAAGACAUUUCUUAGUACUGCUAAUGCAGAUUAACAUUUUUAGAUGGACGGCAUGGAUGAAGAAAAAUAUUUAGACAAGACCUUUUAGUUUAGCCUCUGCAAACAUUUAUUGUAUGCUGUUAGCUUUUAAUUCUUUUGGUAGCAUUAUAGUAUAACAGCUCCCAUAGUGCUUUGAGAGCACACUUACUUAGAGUAUGGUUAUUACUAAUGUGAGCUGUAGUUGAAUGGCAACAAAAUAAUAAUUUUAUCUUUGUUAAAACGACAAGGCUUAUACUAAACUAUACUGUACUUCAUAGUAGUAGAUACUCUUUCAACUUUUUAUUGGUUUAUAUAUGUUUUUAUGGUUUUCAGAUUUCCCCAAUUGUUGCUAAGAUGCGCCUGAUGCUAAGAGCAUUAAAUAACCUAAACGUAUGAAUAUAUGAAUAUGAGUAUUUAAAAAGCCUAUUUGGAAAAAAAUGUUAAAAGUAGUACUAGAUUAAGAUGUUUUGGUGACUUAUUUCUUACUGCAGCUUGAUUCACACACAAGCAAUAUUCAACUCAGGAAAUUCAAACCACGAAAAAACAAAGGAAUGCAAAAUUAAUCUGAUUAUCAUAAACAAAUGAAAGAAAGCUUCUGUACUGUUGAUGAGUCCAUGUAUUAAAUGGAUGGACUUACUGUAUGUAACGUCCUGUUCUGUUUGAAGUGUUGAUGAAUGUCUCUAGUAACAAUCUAAAAUCAAACUGUAUUACUGCUACAGAAGAUUAACAGGGCCAAAAAUCACAAAAGUCAAAAUCUUCAGUGUAUGUUGUAUGUUGUAUAGUGUAUAUUGGUCUAAACCAACAUACAGUAUGUUUUCAUGUUUUUAAUUUAAUUUAAGAACUUAAUUUAAUAUCAUUUUACAGUUGUGUGUGAACUUCUAGAUUUUACUUAAAACCUUUGAAUGCAAAUGAUAUCAGAAACGUCAUAUAUAUUGUUAAGUUAUAAACUACAGUCCUGGCUCCUGACUAUAGCUAUAGAACUUUAUUAUUGACAAAAGUGCAUGUUCAGUUCAAAUUUCUACAGUAAUGUAUCUGCAAGUAGAGCACAAAAAGUAACUAGAACUAAAGAUUUUAAAUAAACGUAGUGGAGUAAAAAAUAUGUUUGCCUCAAAACAUUUCGUAGAAGUAUGAAGUAGCAUAAAAUUAAAAUAGUCAAGUAAAGUACCUCGACUUUCUACUGAAGUACAUUUUUUGAGUAAAUGUACGGAGUUACAUUCCAGCCCUGAGUAUUCUUAAAGAAAUCCUAUAAAUGUCAAAUUGCCUAUCAAGCUGCACUACUAAUUUUGCAACAUUGCCCACUGUGGCCUAAUAAAACCAGAGAUGUUGAAUAACCUCCUCAGAAAAAUAUCUAUCAUUAUACAAAUCUUUUUAUUACCUCAUGGUACUGUAAAUAUUUCCACAUUAAUGUUACCAUAAUUACCUGUUAGCAGUUUUUGUUGUAAUCCCUGUUGUGUAUCUUGAAUUUUUCUGAAAGCUCUAUCAGAUCUGUCUCAGAGUUCAAUAAAACAGAAAUGCCUGAAAAGGCCUCACACCAGCCAAAGUCCAUGUUCAGGGUAUUUAAACCCAAAUUUUACAGAUAUGGUUAUUUAUUUUUUUAUUCUUACCAACUCUGCAAUCAUACGUGUUUGCCCCAAAAAGUUGAACAGUCACGUGUUGUAAACAUCUGUCUAAUCUGUACAAUAUCAUCCAUCCUACAUGAUGUGAUCAAUAUCAUAUUUCCCAACCUCAACCAAGCGCUAUAGGAAGUGUAUGGAUUGUGAGCAAAGGAAGCACUGUCGUUUACUUUAAUCUAACUCCUCCAGCUGUUACAUUCACCCCGUCUUCACUCUUUCUCAAAGCUUUGUUAUCUCCUGGUCUUAAAUCCUGACUGAUGCCGCUCACAUUCUUUUCUCACUCAAUAGUGUCGUUUUUGAACUUCCAUACUAUUAGUUUUGUGUUAGUUAGAUCCAGAAGUGUUCUGAUCUGCCUGGCUUUGAAUCAAUAUUAAAAUGUUUCCCACAGAUCUGUAACAGGAAAACAGGAAAAGAAGUAGCACAACUUAUUUUUCUUGUAACAUCCAGUUUAAUGUUUCUGCCAUGGACACCACACACUUCAUCAGUCAAAAUGUUAUAAUUAAAUAUUAAAUAUUUAUUUAAAUAAACUUUCACUUCUCCUC